GACGCGUACAGGAACGAGGAAGCAAACGAACGCGUUCUCGUCGUCGUCGGCGACGUUUGGGCAUCCAGGAGACGGUCUCUCAGUCGAGAGGGCGUCGACGAGAGGAGUCCUAUUCCAAUUCCAGCGAGUUAAUUGGAAUUGUUUGCCGCAGACACCGCGAGCCGCUUGCCUUAGCACAGUUCCGAACCCUAUUUCUCCUUCAGCAGCUUCCCUUGUCGUCGGCCGGCUUCCUCUCUUCAACAGGACCCGACGACGCUCCACGCCACCAAACUCACACCGUCGCAUCCCGACGCUCCGCGUCGCGUUCGUACGGCUCGUGACGUCGUCUUCAACGGAAUUAAUUCCUUCCGCGACGGCCUGUCUUAAAUUUCCUUCAGAAAUAAGCAGGGAAGCCUUGGAUCGAGAGCUCGUCCCAUGAAUCUUGAUCGGAUGCAAGCAGUCGUUUCAUACUCCAUAAAAAUUCUUCGUUUACGAAUUUAAAUACUGCUUUGGUUAUAUAAAAAUCCCCAGAUAGUACAAUGUAUACAAAAUUCAAAGAGAUUAGGGUUAUAUAGGACUUAAAAAAUAUAUGAAUAUUGCAACAAAUUCAUCUUUCGCGUAAUAAAACCCAACUGCAUUCGAAGCCGGCCGAAUGAAUUUAUGGUAAACAAGUAUUGAGUAUAAAGUUGCAGUGGAAUCCGCAAUUUAUGCAAUUCGGUUGCAAUAAAAAGCUUACAAUGGAAGUUUUCUUCGCGGUAAAAGAAAGUCUUGUUAAAAAGUAACGAGUCAGCCAUCAUUCGUUGAUAAACAUUUCCUUUGUAUAGUUACGGUUUUUCACGUCUUUCUUAAUGAAGCUUCCGAAGCAGGUUACCUUAUUCCAUCGAAACUUUUCUUUCCAAGAUAUUUCUCUUUGAUGCAAUAUAAUAAGCCCGUGUAUUAUGCAAAGCUAUAUAACGAGAAACAUAAAUUCGCUUCAGCGGGGCAAACUUGGUUGUCUAGAGAAGCAUGAAAAGAGAAAUUAACGUACACACGGUGCGUUACGUUUUGCGGAAAGCUUCGAGUUACGAUACAGCCGGUGAAUUUCCACGGAUGCCUCGUUAAAUCCGUAUUCUACGUAAUUUUUAACGCGGACACGCAGUAACAAUUAUCUCUUCGGUGAAUUAAUUUUAUAUCGAUGAGCACUUAAAUGUUAUCGGCGUUACAUUACUGAUUUUUUAUCGACCGUGUAUAUAAGAGGUAACGGAACGCGAUCGAACAGUAACAGUAGCGCACGAUCACUGAACCCGAAGAAUCCAAGGAGGUCUAAAAUAACAAGAUGAAAUUCACUCUCGCAAUUUUUGCCGUUCUGGCCAUUGCCGGCCCUCUGAGCGCUUACAAGCUACCAAGCACCGGCUCAGGUCAGUUGGCUAAAGACUUGCAAGACGUAGUGGACAUGAUACAAUUCGACAAAGUAUUCGACAUCACGAAAGCGUACUUAGCUCAAGAUAAGGAGGUGCAAUUGAUGGCAGCCCUCGUGGACUCUCAAGACUCGAAAAAAUUAAUACAAUAUGUUGAAAAUGAGCCUGUUUUUAAGAAACUGGUGGCCUUCAUGCAAGAAAACGGUCUGGACAUCUAUUAUUUGAUUAACAAGUACAACGAAUUUAUACAGAUACCGCAGUUCAAACCUUCAGUAGCUCUCCAACGCGAAAUCACAGGUGGAGUUGUCGGUUAUGUGGAAGAUAUUGCUGCAAUAACUCCGAUGGACAAAAUGAUGCACGUAAUAGAAGACAGGUUAAAAACUUCCAAACCGCUCUCCGAAUUAGUUAAACUUGCCUCGACCCCUGAAGUUGUAAGUUUCGUCGAAUCCCUCAGAUCAAAUGAAUUCUUUUUGAACUUAGAAAAGCAAGCGGACCAAAAUGGUCUCGGUAGUCUUAACGUCGAUCGUUAUUAUACUUAUUUUGCGAUGGUUAUUCCCGCAGCUAGGUCCACUUUUUAAUUAAGUAGAAUAGAAGUACUGAUGCUAUGUCAUGCUUGUAUGAAUAUGUUAUACAAAAUUGUUAAUAAAUAAUUACGUUGUUGCA